AUGGAUGCUGGGACUCAACUUGAGUACGAAGAAUUGAAGGAAGAAAUGAGGAGAAUGGUGGUGAUUAAUAUGGAUAAGCCGCCCCAAAAUGUGCACGUAAUUGAUGCAGUCCAGCGCUUAGGUGUGGCCUACCAUUUCGAGAAAGAGAUAGAAGAAGCCUUACAAAUUAUAAAUCAUGCUCAGGUCGACGACGAUAUCUACACCACCGCUGUUCGGUUUCGUCUGCUAAGAGAGUACGGUUUCAAUGUUCAUUGCGAUACAUUCAACAAGUUCAAAGAUGAGAACGGAAAGUUCAAAGAAUCCUUAAUUGGUGAUGUAAAAGGCAUACUCGAAUUGUACGAAGCUGCAAAUUUUCAAGUGCAUGGGGAGAAUAUAUUAGAAGAAGCUCUUUCUUUCACUAAAUUCCAUCUAAAGUUGGCAGAACCAAAGGCAGACUACCCUCUCUCCACACAGAUUGCUGAUGCUCUAAACCGACCCCUUCUCAAGAGCUUACCGAGGGUGGUUGCUACGACCUACAUUCCCAUAUAUGAAGGAUAUGGUACCAUAGACCAAAACUUACUGAAAUUUGCAAAGCUAGAUUUCAAAACAGUACAACAUUUGCACAAGGAGGAGAUAAAGGAGAUAAGGAGGUGGUGGAAAAGUUUAGAUUUUGCGACCAAUUUUCCCUUUGCACGAGACAGAAUGGCGGAAUGUUAUUUGUGGAUAGUGGGAGUGUACUUUGAACCCCACUACUCUAUUGCUAGAACUUUUAUGACCAAAGUACUAUGCCUCACAUCACUUUUGGACGAUAUUUAUGAUGCAUAUGGCACAAAUGAAGAACUUGAAAUAUUUACAAAAGCAAUCACCCGGUGA